AUGUUGGAAGCUUUUGAAAUCUUGACCAGCUCUGGUGUGGUGCUGUGGUCAAAGUCAUACGCACCGGUGGGGGCACACGUUAUUAACAGCCUGAUCAACGACGUCUUUAUCGAGGAAAAGGUUGUGCCUCAGAGCACUUCGGUAAAUGGUGCUUUACCGGUCUUCAAAAAGGAGAAGUAUACCUUGAAGUGGAAGAGGGUCAAAGAGUUUAAUUUGAUCUUUGUGGCCGUCUACCAAUCGCUGCUACACCUCGGAUGGAUUGACAAGCUCAUCGAAAACAUCUCAACGAUCUUUAUCGAUGUCUACAAAGACCAGCUGAAGGGAACCCGCGCUAGAAUCACCGCCUACAAAUUCGAUGCAUACUUUGAGCAGCAAGUGCGGGAGCUGGAGGACAAUACGGGCAGCGUCGCAGAGGUCUAUUCUGGAGAGACUGGGGAGAAGAAAGACCCGCUUGUCUCAUCGGACAAUGGGGGCCCGCCACCGCCGCCGGUGCCCGGCCUCAUGAAGGCGCAGCACCAAGCUGCGCUAGCUGGGGCGACCUCUGAUGAGGCCACCCCGCCAGCAACUCCUGAUAUUUCUAGAUCUUCGACUCCCACGGGCCACCUCCUCACCGGGAAGACUGGGCCCGCCGGUCGAGUCUCUCGCCGUGCGCGCAAGGCUGCUAAUGCAAGCGCCAACGCCUCAUCCGGUGAUGAGCAUUCUCGGAAAGGAAAAUCCACGCCUAAAAGCUCUGCUAAGAAAAUGCGCAAAUGGGAUGCGGACGGGUUUGCUGAUGAGGAUGACGGGGAGAUUUUGGACUACUCUGCCCCGGCAGACGAGACCAAUGCUGCCGCUCCGGUUGUGGAAGCCGUUUCCCAGGAAGACAUGGGCCACAGGACCGGUAAGGGUCAAUUUGUCCUGAAGGAUUUGGGUGACGAGGUCCACAACAUCCUCGACAAUGCCGACGCUGAGAAGAGCAAGGGAGCUGCGGCUUCUGGUGUGGUGGGCUCUGGUUUCAACGCAAUUGGCGGCUUCUUCCGCAACAUUGUUGGCGGCAAGGUCUUGACAGAGGCUGACCUCCAGAAGCCAUUGAAGGCAAUGGAGGACCACCUUCUGAAGAAGAACGUUGCUCGUGAAGCCGCCGUUCGUCUUUGCGAAGGUGUUGAACGUGAGCUUGUUGGAAAGAAGACCGCUAAUUUCCAGAGCGUCGAUGCUGCUCUGCGCAUCGCUAUGGAGGCAUCUUUGCGGAAAAUUCUCACCCCUACCUCUUCCUUGGACUUGCUACGCGAGAUCAACGCCGUCACCGCACCUACCACCAAGCACCAGGCUCCGCGUCCGUACGUCAUGUCCAUCGUUGGUGUCAACGGUGUUGGCAAGUCUACGAAUCUCAGCAAGAUUUGCUUCUUCCUUCUGCAGAAUAACUAUCGCGUUCUCAUUGCUGCCUGUGAUACCUUCCGUUCCGGUGCUGUGGAACAACUGCGCGUUCACGCCCGCAACUUGAAGGAGCUCAGUGCGCGCGAGAACGUUGGUGAGGUCGAGCUAUAUGAAAAGGGCUAUGGAAAGGAUGCCGCCAACGUUGCCAAGGACGCAGUCGCGUACGGUGCUGCCAACAAAUUCGACGUUGUCUUGAUCGAUACCGCCGGCCGCCGCCACAACGAUCAGCGGCUGAUGUCUUCGCUAGAGAAGUUCGCCAAGUUUGCCCAGCCAGACAAGAUCUUCAUGGUUGGCGAGGCUCUUGUGGGAACUGACAGUGUCAUGCAAGCCCGUAAUUUCAACCAGGCCUUUGGCACCGGUCGAAACUUGGAUGGAUUCAUUAUCAGCAAGUGUGACACGGUUGGUGACAUGGUUGGAACACUGGUCAGCAUGGUCCAUGCCACCGGCAUUCCUAUCGUGUUCUUGGGUGUCGGGCAGCAUUAUGGAGAUCUGCGUGGACUGAGUGUCCCUUGGGCUGUCAACCUCCUGAUGAAGUGA